GAGACUGGGCACAACAUGCCAUCAUUUUCAGCUGGACUUCAAAUCCUAAUUGUUUGAAGUAGAAAAAGCAGGACAUUAUAUUUUCAUAUUACAGAUUUCAUUUCUAUAGAUAUCAGAUCUUAUUUUACAGAUAUCAUUUCUUAGUUUUACAGAUAUCGUUUUAUUAUUUUUACAGAUAUUGUUUUCUUAUUUUUACAGGUAUCGUUUUCUUAUUUUUACAGAUAUCGUUUUCUUAUUUUUACAGAUAUGCAACAGUGCGCCUUCCUAUAUUGCUGCUGUAUUUUAUUUUCCGUGAUCGGAGUUACCUCCUCUUUGUAUCUUCCAAGCAUGCAGAAAUCGAGAAAGAACGCCAUAUCGUCUAUACAAUCAAAUUACAAAGGUGCCGUGGGGGUAAGGUGGGACAAGCGGAAUGAACUCCAAGGAAACUUACACGCUAGAUUCCGACACCAUUCAAAAAGUUUUAGAGCGAAACACAGAUUUAUUACAGAGAUGUUCAGAAUGUUUGAUUUGAAUGGAGACGGAUGCGUGGAACAUGAUGAGUUCGAGUAUGUUCUUGACUUUAUGGACAUCUGGAUUUAGAAUUUGCUUGAAACCGAAAUGACAGACUCGUUCCGUGUUGAAAAACUGAAGGAAGAAAAGUGAUAUUGACAUUCUUCGGAAUGAUGACCUUUUCUGCAGACGACAAUGGUGAUCACGUGACAUUUAGAGAGACGACUCCCAUUGGAGGAUUUCAAAAGACUACAUGCACAUCUGCCUCGAAAUGAUGAGGAGGGGGAACAAAAUCUGUCUCAGCAUUUCUUCAACACGGACUUUGAAAGUCGACCAUGCCAUGACCGAUGUCCGGUUGCGUAUUAACAGAAAAACACAGAAAACAACCGGAUUAAACGUCAUCAGAAGUGUUCAAAAUUCGUGCACAUCUGGAAUAUUUGUAUUUAUUGUUAUUUGAAUCAUUUUCAAGAAAAAACAUAUUUUUAUCUAUUCCUGGGAAUUUCAAGUUUAUUAGAAAUGUAGUUCAGUGAUUUCAAUUUACAUUGAAAAACUAUGUUUUAGCUCAUCUGAGUCGAAGAGCUUUUCUGAUCAAUGUUUUUCUUACGGUGUCUGUUUGUCUGGCGUAAACUCUUAUUAUUUCCACCCCCCUUAAGAAUCAUGGGGGUACAAUUGCAGCCAAAAAAGAUUCUAAAAAAUUUCAACCACGAACCCCGGAAUCAGGAGGGAACAAGGGAGCUCGAUUUUAAUUUUUACACCUGCAAUUCAUUGGAGGACUGUUUUAGAAUCUUCUGUCAAGAACUGCAAGGGAGCCAUGUGUCAACAUUUACUUACAAGUAUCAUUGUGCAGAGGAGAUGCUCGUGGUCUAGAUGGGGUUUUAAUUGGGAUCUUAAAGUUUAAAAAAGAAAAAAAAUGCCACUUCAGGCGAGCAAUGUAACACACAGACCUCUCAUGUAGAAAACGGUGGUUUUAUCUAUUUUCAAGUAUAGCUCUAAAAUAUUAAUAGGCUAGAAUAUGAAUCUAAGGAAUUCGAUAGGAACAUAUUAUUUACCUACGAGUGCGAGGUAUUUGAAGACAACAUAAUAUAGUAAUUGUAUGUAUGAAUGAUCCCAGAAACGUGAUAUCAUUAUUUAUUGACUCUUUGCAUACUCUCCUUGUUACAUUGUUGAUAUUUGCCUAUUUAUUGUAACGUAUUUAUUUUCUUACAGUUUUCUUACUAUAUUUAUGAUGUAUAAGUUGGACUCAAUUUCUAUUUGUGUCAGGAGAACUUGACAGGAUAACUAUAUUAUUUCAUUGUAAAAACGUCCCAGUUUUUGUGCGUGAGAACUGGUGAAGAAUUCCACAUCACUUUGUCAUUAGACAGAAAAUUCAAAUCUCUUAAGCCCUCAACAUUAUGAUAAGACAUAUCUUGCAUAUAAGACAAGAUUCAUUGAACUGGAACAGUAUAUACAUAUACAUCGCCUUACAGCUCAUGAUAAGAUACCUGUGUAUAUCAAUUCAAAACUAAAAGGAUAUGUAACUCAUCUCGACCCAGCCUAAUACAGAACGUUCUCGUUAAAGUGUCAAUAAGAUUCAAUCUUUUACACAAUGUUGAUCAUUGUUACUUUAAGAUAUAUAUCUAUAUUAAGAAUUAAAACACUAUUUUCAUGCUUUA